AUGGCCACGAAUCGACUACGAAGCGGCGUAACUCAUUUAGUAGAGUCAGUUUCUCCUCAACAGGCGACUUUUGAGAAUGCGAUACGCCCACUAGCCGAGAUUGACAAUGAAGUCAAAUCAAGCGUCCAAUACAUGGCGCUCUUUCAGGCAGUUUCUCCAUCUCCUGAACUUCGCAAGGCAUCUUCAGCUGCUAUCAGCAUUAUAGAUAAGGCAUAUUUGGCCUUAUUUCAGCAUGAAGGUCUUUUUGCCCUGGUCGGUGCAGCUCAUGGAAAUUACUCACGUUCACGAGACGACAUAAUAGAUGAGGAAGAUAGUCGCCUUCUUGACAGGUUCCAUAGAAUGUUUGUGGACAAUGGCAUCGAAUUGGCUGGCUCGGCUCGCGAGCGCUAUAUUUGGAUUUCACGUCGCUUGAUUGACCUUCGGGUAGCCUUUAUGGAGAAUCUAAGUAACGACCCAGGGUAUGUUUGGAAGGCCGAAAAUGAGCUAGAGGGUGUACCUUUGGAUACACUGGAGCUUGAUAAGGAUUAUCUAAGUGCAGUUUUUCGAAUAUCUCUCGCAAAACCCAGUGUUAACUCUAUAUUGGUUAAUUGCCAUAAUGCAGAUACUCGUGCAGAGAUCUUUCUCAAGAGUCAGACGUUAUACCAGGAAAAGAAUGUGCCUAUUUUCCGCGAGAUUAUAAAUUUGCGAGACGAGGCCGCACGUUUACUAGGAUUCCCUUCAUAUGCGACACAGAAGUUAAGGCAGCAGCUUGUUAAAUCUCCUGAUAGAGUCCGCAGUCUGCUAGAUCAACUUGACCGCGCUCUGCAGCCGAUGGCACAGCAGGAGUUGCAGGUAUUGCACAAAGUAUUAAUGAAGCCACCGCGUCUUUCAGACUUUGAUUUUCAGCACAACCAAAUACUAAAGGAGAAAUACCACGUUGAUCAGGAACUGGUUGCGGAAUAUUUUCCAGCACAAGUCACUAUGAGACGUAUGCUGAAUAUUUUCGAGACGCUAUUUGCAUUGGCAAUUAUAGAGCUUGAUAACUUGACCGAAAUCUGCAAAUGGCAUCCCGAUGUGACGGCGUAUGAAGUAUGGGAGGCAAAUAAAUCCGUCUUUGUCGGGUAUCUUUAUAUUGAUAUCUAUCCCCGUCCGGGGAAGUAUAACCAUGCUGCCAACUUCAACAUUUACCCUAGCUAUGUUGGCAGAGAUGGAAAGCGAACUUCUGUUGCCUCGGCUCUAGUAUGUAACGUCUCGAGGAACUCUGAUGACCAGCCCCCUCUUCUUCGUCAUCGAGAAGUGAUUACAAUAUUUCAUGAGCUAGGCCAUGGAAUACAUGAUCUCUUAGGAAAAUCGAAGUAUGCAAUGUUUCAUGGGCAUCGAAACGUUUCGGAUUUCUCUGAGGCCCCCAGUCAGCUACUGGAGUACUGGUGUUGGGUUCCUGAGUGCCUUAAACGACUAAGUUGUCAUUAUUCCUACCUUUCUCCCAAGUAUCUCCAGCAUUGGAAGACGGCAAAGGCUAGUAAAGAUGCUCUGCAGCCUCCAAUGGAAAUUCCAGAUGAGAUUGUCCACAAUCUUGUGGCUGCUAAGCAGCUGAACCAGGGCAUUCUUACUCUAAGACAGGUAGCAUUUAGCAAGUUUGAUAUGGAAAUCCACAAUCCAGCCUCCCAUAAUGAGAUCGAAGCGAUCGACUUCUCUAAGUUGUACAAUUUGCUACUUCAAGAUAUGACUGGCCUUCAAGGACCACAGGAUGGAUUGAAUUGGGGCAGUGGCCAUGCCACCUCUUCCCACUACAUAUGGGGCCAAGAGGCCAAUUACUACUCCUAUUUAUUCACCCGCAUACUAGCUGCGGAUAUGUGGUAUACGCAUUUUCAGUCCGCUCCCUUGAAUCAAGAUGCUGGUUUGAAAUAUCGAAAAAUGAUCUUGAAUUAUGGUGGAAGUCAGGAUGAAUGGAAACUACUCACAAGCUUUCUAGGAAGAGAUCCCACUAUUCAGGCAUAUCUUAAAGACAUUGGAGCGAUUACCCUUGAAAACAAAGGCGAAGAGAAUACAUUUGAGAGGUUUGGAAAUAAUGUACCCUAA